GAACAGGACCGCGCGACUGGCCGGCCGAGCCCAGGGCCGGCCGCGGAAGCAGGGCCUGCGAUGGCGCUCUCAGUGACAGGGCUCAUUGGCUUCUCCCUCCUGCAAACCAUCCUCUCUCUGAACCCCGAGGACCCCAAUGUGUGCAGUCACUGGGAGAGCUAUGCCGUGACCGUCCAGGAAUCGUACGCACACCCCUUUGACCAGAUCUACUACACGCGAUGCACAGACAUCCUUAACUGGUUCAAGUGCACCCGGCACCGGAUCAGUUAUAAGACAGCGUAUCGGCGCGGCCUGCGGACCAUGUACCGGCGGAGGUCCCAGUGCUGCCCCGGCUACUACGAGAACGGAGACUUCUGCAUACCCCUGUGUACGGAGGAAUGUGUGCAUGGCCGCUGCGUUUCCCCAGACACCUGCCACUGCGAGCCCGGCUGGGGAGGGCCCGACUGCUCGAGCGGCUGCGACAGCGACCACUGGGGCCCCCACUGCAGCAACCGGUGCCAGUGCCAGAACGGUGCCCUGUGCAACCCCAUCACGGGCGCCUGCGUGUGCGCUGCCGGCUUCCGUGGCUGGCGGUGCGAGGAGCUCUGCGCGCCCGGCACCCACGGCAAGGGCUGCCAGCUGCCGUGCCAGUGCCACCACGGCGCCGGCUGCGACCCCCGCACUGGCGAGUGCCUCUGCGCGCCCGGCUACACCGGCGUCUACUGCGAGGAGCUGUGCCCACCUGGGAGCCAUGGGGCUCACUGUGAGCUGCGCUGCCCCUGCCAGAAUGGAGGCACCUGCCACCACAUCACUGGCGAGUGUGCCUGUCCCCCAGGCUGGACGGGAGCAGUGUGUGCCCAGCCCUGCCCACCAGGGACGUUUGGCCAGAAUUGCAGCCAGGACUGUCCUUGCCACCACGGAGGGCAGUGUGACCAUGUGACUGGGCAGUGCCACUGCACAGCCGGAUACAUGGGGGACAGGUGCCAAGAGGAAUGCCCCUUCGGGACCUUCGGCUUCCAGUGCUCGCAGCGCUGUGACUGCCACAACGGGGGCCAGUGUUCACCCACCACGGGCGUCUGCGAGUGCGAGCCUGGCUACAAGGGCCCGCGCUGUCAGGAGCGGCUGUGCCCCGAGGGCCUGCACGGCCCGAGCUGCACCUCGCCCUGCCCCUGUGACGUGGACAACACCAUCAGCUGCCACCCAGUGACUGGAGCUUGCACCUGCCAACCGGGCUGGUCUGGCCAUCACUGCAAUGAGUCCUGCCCUGCUGGCUACUAUGGCGAUGGCUGCCAGCUGCCCUGCACCUGUCAGAACGGCGCCGACUGCCACAGCAUCACUGGGAGCUGCGCUUGUGCCCCAGGCUUCAUGGGAGAGGUCUGUGCGGUUCCCUGUGCAGCGGGGACCUAUGGCCCCAACUGCUCGUCCGUUUGUAGCUGUAACAACGGUGGCACCUGCUCCCCGGUGGAUGGGUCCUGCACCUGCAAGGAGGGGUGGCAGGGUGUCGACUGCACCCAUCCGUGCCCCAGUGGGACUUGGGGCCUGAACUGCAACGAGAGCUGCAUCUGUGCCAAUGGGGCGGCCUGCAGCCCCACAGAUGGCUCCUGCUCCUGCACGCCCGGCUGGCUGGGGGACACCUGUGAACUGCCCUGCCCGGAUGGCACAUUUGGGCUGAACUGCAGUGAGCGCUGUGACUGCAGCCACGCCGAUGGCUGCGACCCCAUCACAGGCCACUGCUGCUGCCUGUCUGGAUGGACAGGCAUCCGCUGUGACAGCACAUGUCCGCCCGGUCGCUGGGGCCCCAACUGCUCCGUCUCCUGCAGCUGUGAGAACGGUGGCUCCUGCUCCCCAGAGGAUGGGAGCUGCGAGUGUGCCCCUGGCUUCCGAGGACCCUUAUGCCAGAGAAUCUGCCCCCCCGGGUUCUAUGGCCAUGGCUGCGCCCAGCCGUGCCCUCUCUGCGUGCACAGCAGUGGGCCCUGCCACCAUGUCAGCGGCAUCUGUGAGUGCCUCCCUGGAUUCUCUGGAGCCCUCUGCAACCAAGUGUGUGCUGGAGGACACUUUGGGCAGGACUGUGCCCAGCUGUGCUCCUGUGCCAACAAUGGGACCUGCAGCCCCAUCGAUGGCUCCUGCCAGUGUUUCCCCGGAUGGAUUGGCAAGGACUGCUCACAGGCUUGCCCAUCUGGGUUCUGGGGCCCUGCCUGCUUCCACACAUGCAGCUGCCACAACGGGGCGAGCUGCAGCGCUGAGGAUGGAGCCUGCCACUGCACCCCUGGCUGGACUGGACUCUUCUGCACACAGCGCUGCCCAGCAGCGUUUUACGGGAAGGACUGUGGGCGCGUGUGCCAGUGUCAGAAUGGCGCCAGCUGUGACCACAUCAGCGGCAAGUGUACCUGCCGCACUGGCUUCACGGGGCGACACUGCGAGCAGAGAUGUGCCCCAGGAACCUUUGGCUAUGGGUGUCAGCAGCUAUGUGAGUGCAUGAACAAUGCCACCUGUGACCACGUCACCGGCACCUGUUAUUGCAGCUCUGGAUUCAAAGGAAUCAGGUGUGACCAAGCUGCCCUUAUGAUGGAGGAGCUGAAUCCCUACACCAAGAUCAGCCCAGCGCUGGGUGCAGAGCGGCACUCGGUGGGUGCUGUCACAGGCAUCGUCCUCCUGUUGUUCCUCAUUGUGGUGCUUCUGGGCCUGUUCGCCUGGCGCCGCAGGCGGCAGAAAGAGAAGGGCCGUGACCUGGCUCCCCGAGUCUCCUACACACCUGCCAUGAGGAUGACCAGCACCGACUACUCCCUCUCAGAUUUAUCUCAAAGUAGCAGCCAUGCCCAGUGCUUUUCCAAUUCCAGCUACCACGCACUGGCGUGCGGGGGGCCUGCCACCAGCCAGGCCAGCACUCUGGACAGGAACAGCCCCACCAAGCUCAGUAACAAGUCCCUUGACAGAGACACAGCAGGCUGGACCCCCUACAGCUAUGUGAACGUGUUAGACUCCCAUUUCCAGAUCAGUGCCCUGGAGGCCAGAUACCCGCCCGAGGACUUCUACAUUGAACUUAGACACCUCAGCCGCCCCGCUGAGCCACACUCACCAGGUGCUUGUGGAAUGGAUAGACGUCAAAACACAUACAUUAUGGACAAAGGCUUCAAAGGUAGAGUAUCCAAUCCUGCCGUCCCAUUAGAAAGGGCUUAGCAAGAUAAAGAGUGCAGAUCUGAAAUGGCCAGGAAUUCUACCAGAGAGGAACUGCGCAUCUCUUCCCCCACCCCCCAAAAAGC